AGAGAGUCGGCUCUUAAAAGCUGUAACCGACUCUGGUGAAAUGGAAGUGCAGAGAGCUGCUCUGGAAGCUACAGCCGGCUCUAGAAGCUACAGCAGGCUCUAUAGAGCAUUUAAUGACCUCCAACGGCUAGAAAUGGCUAUAUUCGAGCAAGGGUCUAUAAAUAUGGUUGGUAACAGAUCUGAAGAAGUUUAGAGAGCAUUGUAUUGAAUAUCUUUACCUACCUACAUGAGCUUUAACUUGAGUUUUUGAUCUUUGAGAGAUCUUUGUUUGUAAUCCUCUUCUUGUGCUAUUAGUGAGUGAUCUUGGGGGUGUGUUGAUUCCUUUAAGAGUGAUCUGUAGAGAGGAUCUUUGGGGUUAAAGUGUAAAGGGGUGAAAUUUGAGAGAAA